AUGACUCGAUACAUAAUGUUGGCAUCUUUAUGUCAGACUGUCUUUGCAGAUGAACACACUCAUCAUUACAAGGACGGUGAAGAAGUCAAUGUGUGGUACAAUACUGUUGCUCCUCUGCAUAACAAACAGGAAACAUAUGAAUAUACGCAACUGCCGUAUUGUCUUGGAUCAAAAGAAGUUUCUCACUAUCACGAAUCACUCGGCGAAGCCCUGUUAGGUCUUGAGCUGAUUCAUUCUGGCAUGGAUGUGCCUUUUUUAGAAACAAAACCAAAAACAGUAUUGUGCACGACUCAACUUGAUCGCAGGGAUAUUGCAUUGUUUAUCUAUUCAGUACUUGAAAACUAUCAUUACUCGGCUUAUAUUGAUAAUCUGCCACUCAGAGGCCCUAUCGGUACAAGUAACACAACUGGAAAAACAACUCUCAACUAUCUCUACACUAGUCGUCAUUAUACAAUCAUGGUCAACAAGGAUCAGAUUGUGGGAGUGCGCGUAACAGAGCAAAUUAAUUUGCAAAUCGCUUUUCACUAUAGUGUUCAGUGGUCACAGAGCAACAUCACAUUUGAUGCUCGCUUUGAGCAAUAUUUGGAAUCUUCGUUUUUUGAGCACAAGAUUCACUGGUUUUCAAUCAUAAAUUCGUUCAUGAUGGUUAUUUUCCUUGUUGGCGUUGUCAUUGUGAUUCUGAUGCGUACUGAUCGCGAUCUUGGUGACGAGUAUGGCUGGAAACUUGUUCAUGGAGAUGUGUUUCGAGCACCUCGACACUUGACGUUUUUUUCUGCAUUGAACGGAGCUGGAAUACAAUUGAUUCUCAUGGCAUUUGCUAUUAUUGUUGCCACUAUUGUUGGAAAUCUUUAUACAGAGAGAGCUAUCAUGUUGACGGCAUCCAUCUUUAUUUAUGCACUUACAUCUGUUAUUUCUGGUUACUACAGCGGUAGUAUGUAUGCAAAGUACAAUGGAAAACGCUGGAUUAUAGCCAUGAUGACUUCAUCACUUCUUUGGCCAGGGAUUGUGAGUGGGACGGCUUUUAUCAUCAACUUUAUCGCCAUCUAUUACCAAACAUCUCGUGCUAUCCCGUUUACAACCAUGAGGUAUGCCGAGCCUUUAUUCGUUAUUGCAGCAGGAGGACUCUUACCCUUUGGAGCAGUGUUUAUUGAACUGUAUUUUAUCUUUACUUCGUUUUGGGAAUACAAGAUCUACUACGUUUAUGGAUUUAUGUUGUUGGUAUAUAUACUUUUGAUCAUUGUUACCAUCUGUGUAUCAAUUGUUGCUACAUACUUUUUGCUCAAUGCAGAAGAUCACAGAUGGCAUUGGACAGUGUUUCUUUCCAGUGGUUCGAUUUCCGUCUAUAUUUUCCUUUACUCCAUCUAUUACUUUUUAGUUAUUGCAAGAAUGGACGGACUCUUUCAAACCGUGUUUUACUUUGGAUACACAGGACUAGCAUGCUUUACCAUUUUUUGUAUGUUGGGCACAGUUGGACAUAUGACUGCAGAGCGAUUUGUCAGGUCGAUUUACACGAACAUCAAGGUGGAUUAA